ACCAAAAGCAGUCACGAGCGCUAUUCACAGUGGCUUAAAGAGCCAUCUCGCUUGAAGGUCUUCUCAGUACAAUAACUUUGCGGGCCUCAUCGCUACAAGAUAUGGAUUCUGGCGAUGUAGAACGUCUUAACGAGCUCUUGGAGCAGGAUGUAGAACUGCGGGAGAAAAUCAAGGAGCAAGUGACGGAUCUGGAUAAGAAGACUCGCAACAUGGUCGGUGUUCUCAAUAAGAUCCAUUCAACACCUUCCGAGUCAAUUCCAGGUCUCCUUGAUAGUGUGCGCCCAAUGUUGCACAGUUGUCAGACUACCAGUGCUGCAAUGGCUGCACUCAUACCUCCCAGCCAGUUCUGGCGAUGGAAGGAAAUGUGGUCCAACUCUUUGCGCAACGCAAUCUUUUCGGCUGCCUUGGUCGAAUUUCUUGCAACUGGGAAACUCAUUUCGCUGCCAGAAGUCUGCCAGAUCCUAGGGAGUGAGCAUUGCUUUACCAUCUGUGUCAAAGAUGAAUGGAAGGGCCGAUUUGCGCUGCCCGUCGAAGAUUAUCUUCACGGUCUAAUAAGCCUUGUCAACGAGCUGUCUCGUCUCGCUGUAAACGCAGUGACCCUUGGAAACUUUGAAGCUCCUAUUCAGAUAUCUAUCUUUGUGAAGGAUCUAUUCGCCGGAUUUUCAAUGCUGAAUCUAAAGAAUGACACGCUCCGGCGACGUUUUGAUAGUCUGAAAUAUGAUCUCAAGAAAAUCGAAGAAGUGGUAUACGACGUCUCGCUCCGGAAAUUGGCACCUCCUCCACAGGGAGGAACGUUAACAUCUAACACAUGAAGUAAAAUUGUAAUGUAACAGCGUUCCACAAAUUUGUGUUCAAUAUUGGAUACUCCAGUAGCAAUGUACUAGCAGAUGACUUGACACGCGCCC